AUGAUUCGAAAACAACAUCAGAUUUCAGUAUCAUUUCUUGCUCUCCUCUCUCGCCUCACCCUAUUUACCCUGAUUUUUACAUCAUCGGAAAAUGCAUUGUCUCCUAUAUCUUCUGCCUCUUGCGCCGCAAAGAACGGAGGACCAUUCCAAGCAGUUCUCGCACAGCGUAGAAAGCGAAGAACGACGCCUACCUUCACGACAACCAGCACAGCUGCUCCGGAAGAGCCGGAGCAUGGAGAGGACGAGAAGUACCUCCGACAAGCAGAGGAGGAAAAACAGGAAACACAGGAGAUAUUACAGUUACGACAGGAGUUGUGUUCGACUUCGGUCGCCGCGAUCGCCCUGUUGUUGGAACUUGAUAGAGGAUGCAGCUCUACUAAAUGGUUUUAGGAUUUUUACAAGGAGCAUGACGACCGCUGUUUUCUUCUGCAGUACUAAUGUUAGGUUCUUUUUUGAUUGAUGUCUCGGCACUAAUCAUCCAGCAGCAGAAACACGAAGCGAAGAUGCGAGACGUGAUGCGGCAUCAAAAUCUGAAGAAAGGCAUAGUCCAACCGCCGGAUCCCUCAAGUGAUCACGAGGAUAUGCCUCCACCCCCACCUCAACCACCUGCCGACACAGAUGAUGUAGCCCCUGCGCCACCUCCGCCUCCAGGCUAUCGGGAACCAACGCCGCCACCUACGCCACGAGUGGAAAGUCCAUCUUCUGCCUCAUCUAGAACGCCCCCUUUAUCAAGAAGUACUUCAACUGCUAGCAGACCUCCUCCGGCUCCGGCACCCACACCAGGAGGUUCUUCUCAUCUCGGCGAACGGCAACUGAUGCAGACUCGCUCUCAGUGUGAACCUUUCCUUGGAAAAGUGUGGCUUUAUGGGGACAUAGACCACAUGGAUGCGCGAUCGGCUGAGGAAUGUUGUGAGCUGUGUGAUUUGAACGAAAGCUGUGCGAAAUGGAGCUUCGGAUUUGCAGGCAAACUGGAAGGCAAAUGCAUGCUCAGAAGUCAUGGAGCAUGGGAGGGCAAAAAUAUCGAUGUAAUAAGUGGACAUCGCUCAACUCCGUUGAUGGAUUCUGGAGCAGGAAGAGAUGGACAGGAGUUGUAGUAAAGUAUGAGGUUCUUUUUGUGGACAAGAUGACAUCUGAAUCUGAUGUUCUUGUAGCUUGCUGUUCUUGUUGUAGCAGGUUGUAGGUUGUAGAGUAUGGUCUUUAAAAUGGUCUUAUGAUACGAAAAUUCAAAAUACUGAUUCUGGCAGUAGACUCCAACCAUCGGAUGCUCGCUGCUCGCGACGUUUUGACCAACAUUGUUCUUUUGCGUCAGAAACGCGUGCGCGAUGUCAGAGGAAAAAAUGGAAAAACAGGAAAAACGCUCUGAGUAUAGCAAGAAACGGCUUCCCGAAAUAGAACUGUGUCU